UACUAACAUUUAUAUUGCAUUUAUAUUUUAUAAUUUAUUGUUAAUUGUUAAUUAGAGUCGUGCAGACGUGAAGUCACAGAUAUAGAUAAUCUAUAUCUGUGCGUGAAGUGUACUUCAUAAAUUCAUAUUUCAUGGACUACAUUAUUCCAAUUUCAAAUUAAACAAACGUUUUAUAAUAAAUAAUUUGAAAUAUGGAUUGCGACGAAGGAACACCAUCCAGUAACAAUGCUAUUGAAGAUAAAACUGAAUAUGAGGCUUUUAAAUCUCCAGUUUGUCUCAUAGUGUUGGGUAUGGCUGGCUCAGGAAAAACAACAUUUGUUUCAAAACUCAAUUCAUACCUAAAGCAAUACAAAAGAGCCCCAUAUUUAAUAAAUCUCGACCCAGCUUGUAAAAACAUGCCAUACACGCCAAAUAUAGAUAUUAGAGAUUCUGUGAAAUAUAAACAAGUGAUGAAGAAUUACGGUUUGGGUCCUAAUGGUGCAAUUGUAACCUCAUUAAAUUUAUAUACCACUAAAUUUCAUCAGUUAAUGGAUCUCUUAGGAAAAGUAAAUGUUGAAAAUAGUCAUGAUAUAGCUGUUAUAGACACACCUGGACAAAUUGAAGUUUUUACAUGGUCAGCAUCAGGUCAAAUACUUACUGAAAGUCUUGCAUCAACAUUCCCAACAAUUGUAGUUUAUGUUAUGGAUCUAGAAAGAAGUACUAGUCCAAUAACAUUUAUGUCAAACAUGUUAUAUGCAUGCUCUGUAUUAUACAAAACCAAACUACCAUUUAUUGUAGUUUUAAAUAAGUGUGAUAUUGUAGAUCCAACUUAUGCAAUUGAGUGGAUGCAUGAUUUUGAAACAUUUUGUGAUGCUUUAGAAAAUGAAUCAUCAUACAUGUCAAAUUUGACUCGUACAAUGGCAUUAACUUUGGAUGAAUUUUAUAAUGAACUAAAAUGUGUACCAGUAUCUUCAUUUACAGGCCAUAAUUUUGAUGAAUUUUUUAAAAUGGUUGAUGUAGCAGCUGAUGAGUUUCAAAAGGAAUAUCGUGUUGAAUGGGAUAAAUUACGUAAAGAAAAAUUGCAAACUGAAAUAUCUCAACUCAACAAAAAAUUGGAUGAUUUAGCUGUUAGUAGUGGCAAAGGAGAACAAGUGCCUUUAUUCACCUCAAUCAGUGCUGGUCGUGAGAUUUCUGAUAUUUAUUUAGCACCAAAUGCUGAUGAAAUGUCAGGAGACAGUGAAGGAGAAGAAGUGCCAGGUUUCAAUGUCAAUGAUUGAAUAAGUUAUAAGGUUCCUUUUGAAAAACAACCCAUUAUGAAGAUGAAAUUUCAAUAUCUGAAUAAUUACAUAUUAUUUGUUAGUGGAUAUAUUCAAUAUUGUUAAAAUAAUUUUUAUAAAUGUAAAAUCAUUUAAAGACAAAUAAAAAUCAUGUUUUUAUCAAUAAUUAUAAUAAAAUACAUUAUUAUAAUACAUAAAUAUUUGUAACGACAAAACAGUUUUUAUUUAAAUUAAAAAUUUAUUUUUAUUAGAAUAUUAAAUUAUAUUGUUAACAUUGAAA